AGUUAAUAACGUCAUCACCGUGCGCCGCAGCCGCCGAGUGCCCUCUGCAAGCUAGGACAGGCGGCACUGGGUCACGGCUCCUGGUACAAACACGAAGUCGGUAUUUUAGUGUUAACGGCGCUGGGACGUCAUGUCGGGCUACACUGCGGAUGAGAGGCUCCGUCUGGAGCAGCUGCGGACUCUCAGGAGGCGCUGGAUGAAGGACCAAGAGCUCAGCCCCCGGGAGCCUGUCCUGCCCCCUGCCAAGAAGGGAGCCAUAGACAGGUUCUGGGGCAACUUCCUGCAACAGAGGAGCCUCUGGAGGAUCUACACAUUUAAAGCUUAUAAUGCUAGUGUUUUUGCUGUAACAAAACUGCUGAUUCCAGCCUGGAUCGUUCAUUACUAUGUCAAGUACCACAUUGAUACAAAACCCUAUGGCAUUGUGAAUUUGAAGCCCCGGCUAUUUCCAGGUGAUAUUAUUUUAGAGACUGGAGAAGUUCUCCCACCACUGGAAGAUGAUCAUAAAGGACACCAUUAAAUAAAGCCUGCAAUGUUUGCACCUUUUUCAUAGCUAAAUGUGCUGCAGAAACUAAUUUAACAAUAAAAUAU